AGUGCUAACCUUCCACUACUCUCCAAUUAUCGAUUUGUUCCUGUCUAAGCUACCAUACCUUCUAGAUUAUCAUCACGUUGGAACGGACGGGCUUACUCCUCCCUGGCACGAGAACCCCCGUCUGCCUGAUGUCUCUCCGCCUCCCCACCGUCGCACCGUGGAUGCCCCUCCGUCUUUUCCAACCCUCUGCACCUCCGCUCUCCUUGCCCGCGCCACCCGCUUAUGGGCCGCGGGCCGCUGGGGAGGGGAGGGGAGGGGGGGAGACGGUGAAAAGGGAGAAGGGCGCGGAGAGUGGGAGCACAGGGGCGGGCGGCGGCGGCGUGGACCUGAAGCGGUGGAUGGAGCAGCGCGUGCGCGCCACGGGCAUCGAGCCCUUCCCCUCGCUGGCGAGCGCCUUCCCCCCGGCCUCGCGCGCGCAUUCCGACUCCCCCCCCGACUACAACGACUCGGGGUGGAUCCGAGAGCCGGCUCGGGGCAAGGACGGCGGAAAGGCCGGGGAGAGCCACGAACGCAGAGAGCCGCAGCAGCCCCCCGCGAAGGCACAGGUGCCCAAAAGGGGUGGGCGCGGGGCGAGCAGCAAAUUCGCGAAGCUGUCGCACGCGGAGUGGGAGGCGCAGGCCUUGGCGAUGGUGCAGGCGAAGAAGAAACAGAUGCUGCUGCUGGCGCGCGCUAGGGACGAGCGCGAGGGGAAGAGCAAGGAGAGGGAGAAGGAGACGAAGGAGAAGGAGAAGGGGAAGGGGAAGGGGGCACUGUCAGCGCGACUCAGUGCAGAGAUUGCGGGGGAGGGUGGGGCGCAAGGGGAGAGGGGCGGAGAAUGGUCGGGGGGUUCAGGAAGCAAGCAAGGGUCAGCGCCCACCCAUGCUCCUCGCGCCCCCGGCCCUCACCGCCUCGCACCUAGCGCCGCUGCCCCCGCACUUGCUCCGCUGUCCCCCACGCGCCCCCUCCCCGCUGCUGUAGGCAGCAGGGCGGACGAGGCGGAGGUGCUUGGGGCGGGCUCGGGGGAGAGCGGACUGAGGAAGGGCGCAGGGGGGCUGGGAGAGGGAAGGCAGGCAGCGGGUGGGGCGAUGGGGAAGGGGCGGGAGGGAGGUGGCAGCGACGGAGACGGCAGCGGUGCGUUUGAGGGGUGGAGGGGCGUGUUGCGGACAGGGGGUGCGCAGGAAAACAGUGGCAGCACGGGCGGUGGCGCAAGUGGCAGCAUCACACGCGUCAGUGAUGGUGUGAACAGCACGAGUGACGCAAGGGACGGCAGCAUGAGUGGUGCACGCAGCGAGGGGUGGCAUCCAUCGGCCUUGAGUCAGCACGGCCUAGUGCCCGCAGGGUCCCCCCGUGCCUCCCCGCCGUCAUCUGCGCGCGAGGCGGCGCGGCGGGCGCGGCAGGCGGCGCUGGUGGCGUGUCUGGUGGAGGAGGGCUUCCGUGCGCCCGACCUGCACCGCUUCGCCAGCAGCAGGAAGGCGUCGCUCACCACGUCGGUCGUCCUGGCUCGCGAGCGCAUUGCCUAUCUGCGCGCCAUCGGGCUGCCCGCCUCCGCCGUGCCGCGCCUCAUCGCGCGCUGCCCCCGCCUGCUCACCUUCCGUGUGGACUCGCGCAUGGCGCCACGUGUCGCCUUCCUACUGGCCCUGGGCGUGCCUGAGGACCGUGUGGGCCGCGUGGUGCAGCAGGCGCCGGGCAUCUUCGAGUGCAGCGUGGAGCGCGCCCUGCUGCCGCGCAUCCACUUCCUGCAGAGCGCGCUGCAGCUGAGCGGCGAGGACGUGGUGAAGGUGGUGGUGCGCAGCCCGCAGGUGCUGACGCAGAGCGUGCAGGAGGGCCUCGUGCCGCGCCUCCACUACUUCCUGCACCAUCUCGCCCUGCCCCUGCCCUCCCUCGCCUCCAUGGUCGUGCGCCACCCCCAGCUGCUGCACUACUCGCUGGAGGACGCGGUGCGCCCGCGGGUGGCCUUCCUGCGCAGCAUCGGGCUCUCCACCCGGGAUGUGGCGCACGUGCUCUUCAGACUGCCCCAGAUCCUGUCUCUCUCGGUGCCCAACUGCCUGGAGCCCAAGUACGAGUACCUGGUGCGCCACCUUGGGGGCUCGGCCAGCUCCGUCGUGUCGUUCCCCGCUUACUUCUCGCUCUCCUUGCACGCGCGCAUCCGCCCGCGCCACCUCUUCUACCUGCACUCCCGAGGCCGCUCCUCGCCCUCUUCCCCUCCUCCUCCGCAGCUUCCUCCUCCUGCUGACGAGGCUCCAGCCUCUCCCCCUCCUCCUGCCUCCUCAUCUGCUGCCACUGCUGGCUCGUCUGCCGCCUUGCCGUCUUCUGCAGACGCACCACCCAUGCCAUCACCCCCAUCCGCACCCCCAUCCACACCCCCAUCCACACCCCCAUCCACACCCCCAUCCCAGUCCGCCCAUCCCUUCGCCUUCCUCUCAUCCUCCCGCCCCCUCCCAGCUGCAUGCUCCCCUCUGCCCCCUCCCCAAGCCGCCCCUCCCUCCACGGCCUUCCCACUGAGCCUGCUGGCGCCCACGGACGAGGCGUUCUGCAGGCGCCUGGGGCUGCCCAACGACUCCCAGUACCAGGCGUUCAAGCAGGCGCUGGCCUCCACUGCUGCCCCGCCGCCUCACACACCACGGCCAGAAACAGCUGCACUGCCAUCUGCUGCGGCACAGCCAGCUGCGGCAAUAUCGAGGAGAGGGGUACGAGAGGCAGUGGCACGUCCAGCAGGAGUGGGAGGGAAGGGAAGAGACAAGUCGAAAGACUGAGACACCCACCAGUUGGCAUGCAUUGCCAGAAGUACUUCGAGGAAGUGAAAAAGACUUGUGAGACGGAUCUAAUGUUGCGAAUGGGCGAUGUUUCCCUACGUCAAUAAUGUAGGAGCAGUCUAAUGUUAUCGUUAUAGCUGCGAGCAUACCUCAUGUUACAAUUCUCGUUUCGCGAUGCCAUCCAUGUUCUG